AUGGCAUGCACUCCACAGCCCCUUCUUGCAAAAAGACUAGAAGGAAAGGUGGCGUUGAUUACUGGUGGGGCAAGGGGCGUGGGUGAGUGCAUGGCGAAGUUCUUCUGCAAACAUGGGGCAAAAGUGGUGAUUGCAGACAUUCGAGAUCAGCUAGGUCAAGCAGUGCAAGAUGAGAUUGGAACUGAAUAUGCAACUUAUGUUCAUUGUGAUGUGUCCAAAGAAGUUGAUGUUGAAAAUGCAGUUAACAUAGCUAUAUCCAAGUAUGGAAAGUUAGACAUAAUGGUGAACAAUGCUGUAGUAAUAGAUGAUGCUAAACCCAGCAUUCUUGACAAUGAUGUCGCUGAAUUUGAACGUGUUGUUAGGGUCAAUUUGGUAGGUCCCUUCUUGGGAACAAAGCAUGCAGCUAGAGUGAUGAUCCCAGCUAAAAAGGGUAGCAUAAUAACAAUAGGAAGUGUUAGCUCAAGCGUUGGAGGGGUUGCAACUCAUGCAUAUACAAGUUCUAAACAUGCCAUUGUGGGACUGGCAAAGAAUACAGCAGCUGAGCUUGGACAAUAUGGCAUCAGAGUGAAUUGUCUGUCAUGUUAUUGCAUUAGUAAUGUACUUGCAAAAGAUUUCUUCAAACUAGAUGAUGAAGGGUUCUCAAGAGUUUAUUCAAAUCUUAAAGGAGUGGUUUUGGAAGAAGAAGAUGUAGCACAAGCUGCACUCUAUUUGGCAAGUGAUGAGUCUAAGUACAUUAGUGGACAUAAUCUAGCAGUCGAUGGUGGCUUUACAACUAUUAAUCCAAGUUUUGGUUUGUUUUCACAAUCCUAA